GCAUUAACCCCAAGUUAUCAUCGCCAAAUUAAAAAAAAAAAAAAACCUUGUUCAAUUUUGGCACGUGAGCAAAAUAUUUCAAAUUUAACCAAAACUCAGUUAGAGAUUCUUUUUUUUUUUGGCAAUAAUUUGUGCCCGAAUGUGUGUGUGUAUCUGGUUUAUGAGAACAACCAUGAUGCUGACGGUGCUGACCAUGAUGUGCAGGAAACACGGCAUUAAUCUUGUUGAAAUAGAUCGCAGUCGGCCUUUACUUGAGCAAGGCCCAUUUGAUGUGAUCCUUCAUAAGCUUCCAGGAAAGGAGUGGCCCAGGGAGUUGGAGGUGUAUCGGCAAGCUCAUCCUGAUGUGGUUGUGUUGGAUCCUCCUGAAGCUAUACAGCAGCUGCACAACCGCCAGUCCAUGCUUCAUAACGUAGCAGAGCUCGAACUUCUAAACUGUGGAGGGAAGGUGGGGAUUCCACGACAGCUUGUGGUGACUGGUGAUCCUCGGUCAAUCCCAGAGGCGGUGGCCAGAGCUGGUCUGAAGCUACCAUUAGUGGCAAAACCACUAGUUGCGGAUGGCACAGCCAAGUCACAUGCGAUGUCCCUGGCAUACGAUGAGAUUUGCCUGUCAGAACUGGAUCCGCCACUGGUGCUUCAGGAAUUUGUUAACCAUGGAGGAGUGCUCUUCAAGGCCUAUGUCGUUGGGGAAACGGUGACUGUUGUGCGAAGACUAUCAUUACCUGAUGUGAGGGAAGGGGAACCAGUGGGAAAUGGGGUGCAGGCAUUUGAUCGCGUCUCUAGUGCAGCUUCAGCUGCGUCUGCGGAGUCUGUGGAGUUCGGCGAAGCAAGUGGAUCAGCAGCGAGACUUCCCCCAUCUGAUAUGCUGUCGUCGCUCGCUGCAGAACUCCGGCAACGAUUGGGUUUGCAGUUGUUUAAUCUGGAUAUCAUCAGAGAAGGUGGCUGUGGCGAUCGGUACUAUGUUAUAGACAUAAACUACUUUCCUGGUUAUGGCAAGAUGCCCUGCUAUGAAUAUGUGUUCACGGACUUCCUUGUUGGCCUAGCUGAGGCCAAAGGCAAGACUCUUCACCCGCUGGAAGCUUCUAAUCCGCCACUUUCCACAACAACAGCUAUGGAAAACCAUGCAGAUGGUGAACAGCUUCCGAACUCCUCUGUGGUGUUUGUUGAAGAAAAAACACCAUCUUCUCGGCCAUCAAACGCAGCUGCAGCAGAGUGAGGAGGACCAACAGUGAGUGAGUCGACAUCAGUAAACUACAAUGUUGUGAAGUGCGGUAUGGAUGCAUUCGUUAUACCCUCUGCUCCUAUGCUCGUCGUUUGACCAGCGGAGCGCCCGAUUUGCUUUUGUUUGUUGAACGAUACCCCUCAAUCGCGUCAGAUUAGGGUCUCAAUCCAAUUCUUGGCCUGAAACCCUGGUCUGAUGUAGGGAGGAAGGAAUAGCUUUCUGUUUAUAUCGUUCCGAGUUCAAAAUUCUCUCUCCUUUAGCGUGUUGGUUUGCGGUUUUGGAUUUUUGUCCAGUUAGGAGAUUUAGGUUGAAGGUAGGUGCUUCUUGUCCCAGUUGCAAUUAACAUAGUCUCUCUGCAAGUUUUCAGCGCAUCAGAGUCUUUGAGCAAGUUUGCAGCAUAUCAGGAGGGUAUGGAAAGGAUCCCGAAACAAAAACGGAGUGGGCUUCGAUGGGUCUUUGCGAAUCAGAGGGAUCCCGGUAGGUCCUAUUUGACCAAUGGCUGAGGGGUCUGAUCUGUGGUUGGUGAAGAUGGAGGAGAUGGAGUUUUACCAUCAUCUGUCUGUCUGUGCUGGUGCAUGAAGAUCUUUGGAAGGCAUAGCAAAGGUCGAACCGCUACUGCUGCGCAGAGAAUGCCUGCGCCCUGAGUUCAGGGCUCUGAUCAUCAUGAUAUACUUCCAAGGUUCCCCAAUGGCGAAAAGGGGUUACGCGGCUAAUCACUUUUAAAGAGGGGUUUGGUUUGCGAGGUUCUUCGACAAAGAGCGUUCGUAUGCUCUACGGAUUUCUGUCUCCCAUUAGCGGUUCUCAAGCUUUGACACCUACAGGUGACCCUGGCCAGGGCUUCCUUCAAUGAGGCUAUGUGUCAGUAGAUUAUGAGGGACUUCGGCUGCCCUAUCCUUGAUCUCGGAAACCUGUCUCUUAUACACAUCUAGAUGUGUAUAAGAGACAGCACACACACACACACACACACACAAGAGUAGCAAGGACUCUAACAGUGAAUCCGAAAGGUUUUUUUUUGGAAUGCUGACCGCGUCACUUGAGGUCCAAAUAGUUAACUGUGGAGCGGUCUGACGGUGACUCCUUGGGGUGGAGUGGGCGGACUUUCUCUGUUGUUUCUACUUCCUCUAUGAACGGUCUGGACGAACUACUUGACAAGUGUUAAUUGUCAAUAGUUCGUUGGGAAUCGCUGGGGCCAUUGGCUAUCACUGGAACCCUCGGCGGCUCUCCAAGUUCGCAACAAUCCGUCGACAUCUUGCGCAAUUUCUGUCGGUAGCAUGUGUAUGUUGGCAUGCAGGACCACAUUCAAUGAGAUGUGACACAUGCAGUCAUCUCAUUUCCUUUUCUUUUCUUCUCCGAUUGCAAUAAGAGUCCUAAAUGAGUCAGCCUUACGUUCCCUGUUCCCUGUCACAGUGGUUGUCUCGAUCUUGUCUUGUCAUUUCAACUCGUUUGUCCUCUUUGGGUCUCUUAUAGCAGCAGCAUGUGGUUAUGUUUUUGUUUGGGACUUUCGUUUCUGGUGUUUUCAGCGUGUGUCGGUUUUUGCCACUACGAUGUUGCCGUUGUCUGCAUCGACUUCAGUGAUGAUGGGGAAAAUAGGGAAGCUUGUUCAGCCCGGCGAAUUGAGAGUUCUGAGUCCUAACAGACAGCAACAUCAACAAAUGUUCAUUAACACC